AUGGUUAUCAAAUAUAGGAUUGUGGUGGAGUUAGAAAAUAGAGAGCAAGUUAACUCAGCAUAUACACUUUUCACUACUUCACAAAGAGAUAAAUUUAAAUCUACUGUUGCAGUACAAAAGCUUAAUCAACAAGAGGAAGAGAAGGGACAGAAAAUCGACUGGCGUUUAAGUGAUUGGAUUAUUGAAACAGAAAUGUUUUCUUUCGAUCAAAAUCAAAAGAACAAGAUGAUUGUUAAUAGCAAUAAGAAAAGAAUUGACCAACAGGAUAAAGGGCUAUUACUCUCUGAAUACCUGGGCCAUGGUAUUGUUAGACUAUUCAAACUAACAGGUGGUUUAGAUGUAGAUGGUACUAAGGGAAAGCCUCCUCAAGAAGACGGGAAGGCUAGGAGUGAAACUGAUGUCUUGACAAUUCCUGGUGAUGAUACAAUGGUAUGUAUAUUAUUUGUUCCCACAUAUUUUACAGUUCAUGAUUUAUUAUAUUUUUAUAUCGGGGAUGAAAUUGUUAAUCAAAUAUCCCAUUUUAGGAUCUUAAGGAAUAAACAAGGCGGUGUUGGUUUCAACUUUAUGGUAUUAAUGAAAUUUAGAGAGCCCUUAAUGGCCAAGAAUUUCAAAGAUAAAUUCAACGGGAAAAGUUUCAGUAAAAUGGAUCCUGAAACUUGCCACGUCAUUUUCAUCAAAGAGAUUGUUUUUAAAUCAAAAUUGUUCCGAAGGGUAGAUUUACAAGAAUUACCAUAUCUAAUGACCGAUCCAUUCACCAAUAAGGAUAGCCCUACAACUUUAAAAAAAGUGGAGUUGCCGACAUGUCCUGUCUGUUUAGAAAGAAUGGACAGUGAAACGACGGGUUUAAUAACGAUACCUUGUCAACAUACCUUCCACUGUUCUUGCCUAGAUAAAUGGAACGAUUCAAGAUGUCCAGUAUGCAGGUAUUCAAAUCUAAGACUUACUAGAGAGUCCUUAGUGAAACAAGCUGGUGAUUCGAACGCACCGUGUGCAACAUGUGGAUCCCAUGAUAAUCUUUGGAUUUGUUUAAUUUGUGGUAAUAUUGGUUGCGGAAGAUAUAAUUUCAAACAUGCUAUUAAACAUUAUGAAACUACAUCUCAUUGCUUCGCUAUGGAUAUAGCCACACAAAGGGUCUGGGAUUACGCUGGUGAUAAUUAUGUCCAUAGACUGGUGCAAAAUGAAGUAGAUGGUAAAUUAGUUGAAGUUUCUAGUACAAGUAUGGGAACAUCGAACUCCGAUGGACAUGAUAAUGUAACAAAUGAAGGGAAAGAAUCAAAAGACUAUAACCUAGCCGCAAACUUCCUAAGAAAUAAAGAAUAUCACUUAGAAUAUGUCCAAGUAUUAAUCUCACAAUUGGAGUCUCAACGUGAGUAUUAUGAGUUAAAACUAGAAGACGCCAAAAAUGACAGUAGUGUAGUAGAAGAGAAGAACCGUGUAGAAUUGAAGAUGGUAGAAAUGCAAGCUCAAAUAUCCAACAUCGAAAAGAAGUAUGAAACAAAUAUAGACAAGAUGAGGAAACAACUAGAUAUCGACGGAUUGAUGAUAAAGGGUCUCCAAGAAAAUUUAGAUAAACUUACAAAGAUAAAUGAAACAACAACAGAAGAGAAGAAAAUGUUAUUGCUCGAGAAACAGGAUUUGGAAGAGCAAGUAAAAGACUUAAUGUUUUAUUUAGAGUCGCAAGAAAAAUUCAAGGAUGCUGAUGAAAGUGUUCGCGAAGGAACUAUCGUAAUUCAACAGCAACAAGUAGGUUCUACAAACUCGCAGAUACCUUUGACUAGAAACAACAAGAAGAAAAAAAAAACAAGAAACCUAAGAAAUAAGUGGAAUUGGCGAUCUUGGACUAAUUUAUACCUUCUACUUCAUAUGUUCAAGAAUUAG